UCAGCUCCCUCCCGCACCCGCCCGGCCUCGGUCCUCCCGGCUCCUCCCGGCCAUGGGGAGCUGCGCGCGGCUGCUGCUGCUCUGGGGCUGCUCCGCGGUGGCCGCAGGACUGAGUGGAGUAGCUGGAGUGAGUUCCCGCUGUGAAAAAGCCUGCAACCCUCGGAUGGGAAAUUUGGCUUUAGGGAGAAAACUCUGGGCAGACACCACCUGCGGUCAGAACGCCACUGAGCUGUACUGCUCCUACAGUGAGAACGCUGAUCUGACUUGUCGGCAGCCCAAAUGUGACAAAUGCAAUGCCGCCCAGCCUCACGUGGCUCACCUGCCAGCUGCCAUGGCAGACUCAUCCUUCAGGUUCCCUCGCACGUGGUGGCAGUCCGCUGAGGAUGUGCACAGAGAAAAAAUCCAGUUAGACCUGGAAGCCGAAUUCUACUUCACUCAUCUCAUUAUGGUGUUCAAGUCCCCCAGGCCAGCAGCCAUGGUGCUGGACCGCUCCCAGGACUUUGGGAAGACGUGGAAGCCUUACAAGUACUUUGCAACGAACUGCUCGGCUACGUUUGGCUUGGAAGAUGAUGUUGUCAAGAAGGGAGCGAUUUGCACUUCGAGAUACUCCAAUCCCUUUCCGUGCACUGGAGGAGAGGUUAUUUUCAGAGCUUUGUCACCACCAUAUGAUGCAGAGAACCCUUAUAGUGCCAAAGUGCAGGAGCAAUUGAAGAUCACCAACCUCCGUGUGCAGUUGCUAAAACGACAGUCUUGCCCCUGUCAGAGAAAUGACCUGACCACAAAGCCUCAACAUUUUACACAUUAUGCAAUCUAUGAUUUCAUUGUCAAGGGCAGCUGCUUCUGUAACGGCCAUGCGGAUCAAUGCGUUCCUGUUGAUGGCUUCAGACCUGUCAAAGCCCCAGGAGCAUUCCAUGUGGUCCAUGGGAAGUGUAUGUGUAAGCACAACACAGCAGGCACCCACUGCCAACACUGUGCACCAUUAUACAAUGACCGCCCCUGGGAGGCAGCUGAUGGCAAAACAGGAUCUCCUAAAGAGUGCAGAACCUGCAAGUGCAAUGGGCAUGCUGAUGCCUGUCACUUUGACAUUAAGGUGUGGGAGGCAUCAGGUAAUCGUAGUGGGGGUGUCUGCAAUGACUGUCAGCACAACACAGAAGGUCAGCAUUGCCAGCGAUGUAAGCCAGGCUUCUACCGGGACCUCCGGAGACCUUUUUCUGCUCCAGAUGCUUGCAAAAAGUGUUCCUGUCAUCCAGUGGGAUCAGCUGUCCUUCCUUUCAGCUCAGUGACCUUCUGUGACCCCAGCAAUGGUGACUGCCCUUGCAAGCCUGGGGUGGCAGGGCCACAUUGUGACAGGUGUAUGGUGGGGUACUGGGGCUUUGGAGACUAUGGCUGCAGGCCCUGUGACUGCGCAGGGAGCUGUGACCCACUCACAGGCGAUUGCAUCAGCAGCAGCACAGACAUGGACUGGUAUCAUGAAAUUCCUGACCUCCAUUCCAUGAACAAUAAAAGUGAACCAGCCUGGGAGUGGGAGGGUGAGCAAGGAUUUUCUGCACUUCGACACUCAGGUAAAUGUGAAUGUAAAGAACAGGUGUUAGGAAACCCCAAGGCAUUCUGUGGAAUGAAAUAUUCAUAUGUGCUAAAAAUAAAGAUUUUAUCAGCUCAUGACAAAGGAUCUCAUGCUGAGGUCAAUGUGAAGAUAAAAAAAGUCUUAAAAUCUACCAAAUUGAAAAUUUUACGAGGAAAACGAACAUUAUAUCCAGAAUCGUGGACUAACAGAGGCUGCACUUGUCCAAUCCUCAAUCCUGGUUUGGAGUACCUUGUGGCAGGACAUGAAGAUGUAAGAACAGGCAAAUUAGUCGUGAAUAUGAAAAGUUUUGUCCAGCACUGGAAGCCAUCCCUUGGAAGAAAAGUGAUGGAUAUUUUAAAAAGAGAGUGCAAGUAGCAAUAAAGGUAUAUAGCACAUAAUGGCACUUCUCUAUGUGAAACACAAACUUCAUGGAAAGGAGACCUCAAAAAUGAAACUGGAAUUUUUUAAGUGCCAAAACAUAUAGAAAUGUUCCAAUGCAUAGGCCUUGUCUAACCUGACUCUUUGGGAGGCCAUGUUUAAAUACAGUUUGUUUCAUAAAGACAAAUGAAAACUCCUAUGCUGAUACCUGGUUUCUAUGGGACUGAUUCUGAAAUUCGUAACUAUUAAGAGUUUUUAACAGCAGUGUGAUAUUUAGCAGUAAUCCAUUAAGGGCAGUACAUCUAACAAGGACUCCUUCCAGCUUCAGAUAAGUUACUUAUAUUUGUGCUACUUAAAGCAAUUAAGGAGAUUUUAAGGACUCCCCAACCCUACUAUCAAAAAAGGUUUUUCUUAAAAAAGAGCCUUUCUUUGCGUGAUGUGUGUGAACUUUGGUCUGUGGGGUGUUAAAUGGAACCUCUCCACAUGUAUAUAGUAUUUCCUUGUAUAAAGCACUUUACUACCUACCACUUGUGUUGUGAAAGUUUGGAAACCGUUGUUGACAGAAAGAAAAAUAAAGGGCGUGUAAGAAAACCUACUGAAACAGAAGCACUGCCACUACAUGUGGACAAAAGGAAGUUGUACGUUUUAGCUCUGAACACUUGGGGAAAAAAUAUGUGAAGAUACAACCUAAAAGAACAUGUUUGCAUAUCAAAUCUCAGCUUCAGGCUAGAGGUUAGAUUCCACAGAUACCAACCAUGAUGAAAAAUUUUUUAAAAACUAAACAAGAUGAGACUUUAAAAUUAGAGGAAGAAGAAAUCAUAAGUGUAGAGAUAUGCUUGGAUAAAGAGGAAAUUGACUUUAAAUUUUUAAAAGCUCAUUUAUUUGCAAUGCACUUGUAAACACUGCAAAAAUUAUUAUAGACACAGAAUUUGUUUUAUUUUUGUGUUUAGUAUUUAAACCUGAACGUUGAGACAGUUUUCUCCUUAUCUUUAUUAACAAUAUAUGGUCAUUAUAUUUGCUCACUUUUUUGACACAAUGUAUGUGAUAGUUCACCAAACUACAGUCUUCAUUAUUAUUCAUCUGUACCCAUG